GAAGCAUAAGGGAGGCUGCACACUUAAAAAACCAGUCUCACAUGACAUCUUCUCAGAGGGCACACUCAGACAGUCGCUCCAUCAUUUUUCUGUCACUGAACUUCUUCUGCUGUGACUGUUUUUUGUUCCUACCUGCAACCCUUAGUCAGAGUUUAUGUGACUGCGGUGAGAGUCUAAACAUAUCUUUUCCUGUUUGCUGUGUGUCUUGCACACAUCUGCCAACAUGUGCCUUCUACCAGCUGCCCUGCUGCUUUUUUUGCUAGAUUCCAUCUCCUGUGUUCAGUUUCUGGCACCGUUCAACAUGGGUGGAGUCAUGGGGCAGGUGCAGUUUGACUCAGACAACCAGGUUGCCACAGUCAAUGUGUCUGGUGCCGGUUCCUGUGCUUCAGUUACCUUUUCCCUCAGCGAGUUCCCUGUCAUGUACGGCCACUUUGCCCAACCCUGUUCUGAAGCAAAUAUCGGCUCCAGCAUUUUCAACUUCACAGCUAACCCCGUCUCAUCCUCCUCCGUUAAUGUGUCGCGCCUCUUUGAAAACAGAAGUAACUUGGAUGACUUCUCUCUGACUUUGCAGACGUGUAAUGGCACUAAAGUAUGCGCGGUUGUAAGUCAAGGUCAGACGCUCUUGACUCGUCAGGCCAGGUUCACCGGGUCCAUCGCGGGUAACGUUUACAUCCGUUCAAACAGAGGAAACAGCAGCCCCAGACUUCUUUCAGACCUCAUGACAAUCGGUCAGGUCAAUGCCUCACAAACUAACAUCACACUCCGUGUAUCUACAAGUAGUGCUGCAAGCUGCGACGUGCUACUCGGAAGCUUAGAUACUUCAGCUUUGACCAGUCUGGGAGUCGUAAACGUUGGCACUCCUUUGCAAUUUCAGAAAUCACGUCUGGACCUCACCAGCCUCAACGCCGCAAAUAGCUUUCUUCUCCUCCGCGUGGGGUCAAGUUACCAGUGUGCUCAGAUUUACACUGUGGCAGAGAAACAGGUGAGCGCCGUCUUGAAUAUGAAAGGGAUCAGAGGAUACUUCAGCUUCCGUCAGGCUUCCCCGUUUGAUGUGACAGAGUUGAGAGUGAACCUGACCAAUCUACGGAGCAGAGUUGGUCCCUACCAUGUCCACAAAUUUCCUGUCCCUUUACUCGGAACAAAUUCAUCAAGCCUAUGUUCAAACGAUAAUGUGGGUGGGCACUGGAAUCCAUUUGGUCUCAACACUAGUGCCCCAACAUAUCCAAACGGGCCUGGGUCAACACAUGACAUGUAUGAGGUGGGGGACCUCAGUGCCAAGCACAUGUCCCUAGCAGGUCUAAAUGCAGUGGAUGCGAAGUUCACAGACUUCCAUCUCCCUCUGUUUGGACGGAACAGCAUCGUCGGUCGCUCGGUUGUGAUUCACCUAACAGAUGGUGCCAGGUAUGUUUGCGCCAGCAUCGGCUAUCCUGGUGAAGUGGCAGUAGGCAGAGCCGUAUUUCAGAGCCCUGUGGUUGGCGUGAUCUGGUUCACUCAGCUGGUGAGCAACCCUCUGUCUGAUGUAUCCAUCUUUCUGGAUCUCGCCUAUGGAAACCCCACAAUGACACCAACCAGAAACCACAACUGGCAUGUUCACACUGAUCCCAUUAGCUCCGAGAGAGAUGAUGACGAAAACCGCUGCAGCUCAACAAGAGGUCACUGGAACCCCUUUAACAUCAGCACAGAAGACAUUAGUUACGCCCUCCACUGUGGCACAUCUGCUCCCUUAUCCUGUGAGGUGGGAGACUUCUCCAGCAAAUACAGAACCAUUGAUCUUGGCACCAACAUAGGAGGAGUGGAAGCAAAAUACUUUUUCACUGAUGUCACUUCCUGGGUGCCUGGGUCAGGCAUCAUUGGCCGUUCUGUGGUCAUCCAUCAGGCAGAUAGAGGAGGGCCAAGGAUUGCUUGUGCCAAUGUCACCAUGGUGCGAGUCCCCAGAGCUAGAUUAGGCAGCUGGCUCGGCCCUGAAAUGUCCGAUGGCCAGGUGCAGUUCUCCCAGUCCAUCCCACAAGGCCCCACAACCAUAAACGUGUCCUUGAUGAACCUGAGCUCCUUAGCUGGAGGUUACCAUGUCCACAUAUUGCCCCUCAAACCUGGCACCGUAGAGCCCUGCUCAAAUGCAAACAUCCAGGGCCACUACAACCCGCUGAGAUGGAACAUAUCAAACUCCCCCCCACCUGGAAAUGGCACUGUAGACCAAUAUGAGAUUGGAGACAUUAGUGGGAAGUUUGGGCUGCUGACUGGCCAAAACGACUUUGAUGCUGUCUACAUGGACACUAACAUGCCAAUGACUGGACCCUACAGCGUCGUGGGAAGAUCAAUAGUGGUUCACUACACCAAUGGAUCAAGAAUGAGGUGUGCUAACAUAACGGCUGAAAGAAAUACAGAUGGACAGUUCAUUACGGCCAGGGCUGUUUUCAACGGUACAGUGAACGGGACAGUCACACUGUACCAACAGACGUUUCUGGAUGGAAGCGGCGGUGAUACUACGCUGGAGGUGAACCUUCAGUCAUCUGCAAGAAUCAAUGCAACUGAGGCCUCCCUGUUCAUCGCAAUCAAUCGUACAGGUGCAAACGGCCAGUGCAGCAGUGUGGGAAGCACGUUCAAUCCCUUCAACAUGACGUCAAUGAGCUCCAGCUGUUCAAUGCAAACCCCGCUGAGCUGUGUGGUGGGGGAGAUUUCUACAAGACAUGGCAAUGUCAGUCUGACUGAGAGGCAGCUCUACACCGACAGCAUCAUCCAGCUCAAUGGAGACAACACAGUGGUCCACAGAUCUCUGGUGUUGAAGAACGGAGACAGCAUCAUCGCAUGUGCCGAUAUCCUCCCAGUGUCCCCAUCGGCACAGCAGACCUUUCCCACUGUGACCAACUUCAGCCGGUUUGAUUUCCGCAGGAGGGUUGCAGAAGUGCUACAGGUGGGAAGGGCAAGAAUCACCAUCUUGUCUGGUUCUCCCAUGCCUGUAGAUGAAGUAAACUGCCAGCAAGUCAGCUUCAUGGUAUCAGGAAACGUCAGCACGGACCUGUUGAAUUCUGUCCAAUCCAGCGAGCUGAUGGGACCCUUCAGAGAGUCUGACUCAUGCACAAGAAGUGCAGGUCUGCCGCUGGUGCCAGGAAGCUUCCUCCUUGGCUUGAUGUUUGCUGCCGCCUGCCUGCUGCCAUCGACAACUUAUUUAUAGCUUCAGCCGCACCGUCACUGGGGAUACAUGGAUCCACAUAUUGGAAAAUUGUAAAUAUGUUCAUGAAAUGUUGACCCCCCUCCAAAUAAUACAACGAUCAUCAAGCAAGUAAUCAGCUGUCUCUCUGUACAACUUCUGCCAGACAAUAAAGCUCUUCCCAUUUUCCUUUUUAUAAUAAUCAGGCAAUAAUUAAGUCAACAAGCAUUCAUUACAAUCAGCUUUUAUAGAAACAUCAUUUUUUUACACGACAGAUUUUGCUCUUAUUUUAUCCAUUUGGGCCAAUUAACGAGCGGGUUCCGUUAAUGCUGUGUGUUCUCAGACCUCCAGAGAUUUUUCUUGAUGUAUGCACUGUCUAUAUAUAUAUUCAUGUGAAAUGUUGUGUAAAUAUCUGGAAAUUUAUGGCUAAAAUACAAUACUGUUUCUACACCUUUU